AGACGCUGAAGAAAACAGAAGUCACCUGACUGUCAAAAAAGAAAGUGAAACCAACUUUGAUCUCCUUCAGAACAGCGUCCAUUUUGAGCCGCAGGAUGGAAAUUACUCGUUGACUCGUUAACAGAGGUAGCUGGAAGAGAAGAGAAGCUCUGAAGAACGAGUGAAUUAAAUCAAGUCUCCCUCAGAGUUGAAGGCCAGAAGAUGGAAGAUCUGGAUCUGAAAAAGGACAGAGCAGAACCUCCAGGACCCACCAGUCCAUCUAUGAGGAGUGAUCGGUCCAAAGAUGAACCUCCAGUCUUCAGUAAUGAACCUGGACCCUCAGACAGAAAGAGCAGCUUUGGUGAGGAGGAGCCUCCAUCCUGCUGUGGUUUGUCUCAGAAUGUUCUGAUGGAUCCGGUCUUGACCAGCUGCCCCCAGUAUGGGAAACAACCCAGAACAGGAUCUGGACCUCUGACAGCCAAUCAGAGCAGCUGUGCUCCAGGCCAGAAGAUGGAAGAUCUGGAUCUGAAAAAGGACAGAGCAGAACGUCCAGGACCCACCAGUCCAUCUAUGAGGAGGGAUCGGUCCAAAGAACGUCCUCCAUACUUCAGUAAUGAACCUGGACCCUCAGACAGAAAGAGCAGCUUUGGUGAGGAGGAGCCUCCAUCCUGCUGUGGUUUGUCUCAGAAUGUUCUGAUGGAUCCGGUCUUGACCAGCUGCCCCCAGUAUGGGAAACAACCCAGAACAGGAUCUGGACCUCUGACAGCCAAUCAGAGCAGCUGUGCUCCAGAUAUUGUUGCUCAGUAUCAGCCUGACCUUAAAGAGUUUCUGAAGAUGAAGUUCCAGAGUCUCUCUGAAGGCGUCGCUGAACAUGGAAAUAAAACCGUUCUGAACCAGAUCUACACAGAGCUCCACAUCACAGAGGGGUUAACUAGAGAGGUCAACCAGGAACAUGAGGUCAGACAGAUUGAAACAGCAUCCAGGAAACAAGAAACAAUCAGAAGAGAAGACAUCUUUAAUGUCCCACCUGGAAGAGAUCAACCAAUCAGAACAGUGAUGACCAUGGGAGUGGCUGGCAUUGGGAAAACACUGUUAACACAGAAGUUCACUCUGGACUGGGCUGAAGGCAAAACCAACCAGAACAUUGAUUUCAUAUUUCCAUUCACUUUCAGAGAGCUGAAUAUGUUGAAAGAAGAAAAGUUCAGUUUAUUGGAACUGAUUCAUAAAUUCUUCACUAAAACCAAAGAAAUCAGCAGCUUUGAAACGUUUCAGGUUCUGUUCAUCUUUGAUGGUCUGGAUGAAAGUCGACUUGAUCUGAAUUUCAACAACAAUCUGAUCCUGACUGAUGUUACAGAGUCCAGCUCACUGGAUGUUCUGCUGAUAAACAUCAUCAGGAGGAAACUGUUUCCUUCUGCUCUCCUCUGGAUAACCACACGACCAGCAGCAGCCAAUCAGAUCCCUGCUGAAUGUGUUGGCAUGGUAACAGAGGUCAGAGGGUUCACUGACCCCCAGAAGGAGGAAUACUUCAGGAAGAGAUUCAGAGAUGAUGAAGAGAAGGCCAACAGGAUCAUCUCCCACAUCCCGAAAUCAAAAAGUCUCCACAUCAUGUGUCACAUCCCAGUUUUCUGCUGGAUCACUGCUAAAGUUCUGGAGAAUCUGAUGGAGACCAGAGAGGGAGGAGAUCUGCCCAAGACCCUGACUGAGAUGUACAUAGAGUUCCUGAAGGUUCAACUGAAAAUCAAGGAGGAAAAGUAUGAUAGAGGAAAAAAGACAAAAUCUAUCUGGAGUCCAGAGAACAGGAAGCUGAUUGAGUCUCUAGGAAGACUGGCUUUUGAUCAGCUGCUGAAGGGAAACCUGAUCUUCUAUGACAAAGACCUCAAACAGUGUGACAUCAACAUCAAAGAUGCUGCGUUGUUCUCAGGAGUUUUCACUGAGAUGUUUAAAACAGAGAGAGGAGUGAACAACAUCUCCGUCUACUCCUUUGUUCAUCUGAGCAUCCAGGAGUUUCUGGCUGCAGUCUACAUGCUCCACUGUUUCACCAGCAGGAAGUCAGAGGUGAUCCAGACGUUCCUGGGAGAAAAAUACAGAGAAACAUCUCUAGAUGAGUUCAUGGAGAAAGUCAUGAAGAAAUCCCUCAGCAGUAAAAAUGGCCACCUGGACCUGUUUGUCCGCUUCCUUCAUGGUCUCACUGUGGAGUCCAACCAGAACCUCUUAGAAGAUCUGCUGGGUCAGAGAGAGAACAGUCCAGAAACCAUCCAGAGAAUCAUCACCAACCUGAAGGAGAUGAACACUGAUAGAAUCUCUCCUGACAGAAACAUCAACAUCUUCUACUGUCUGAUGGAGAUGAACGAUCUCUCAUUUUAUCAGGAGAUCCAACGGCUGCUGGAUUCAGGGAAGAAGCUCUCAGAUACUGACUGUUCAGCUCUGGCCUUCAUGCUGCAGAUGUCAGAGGUUCUGGAUGAGUUGGACCUGGAGAAGUACAACACAUCAGAAUCAGGACGACAGAGACUGGUUCCAGCUGUGAGGAACUGCAGAAAGGCUCGACUUGGUGGCUUGAGGCUCCGAAAGGAUGAAUGUGAAGUUUUGGCCUCAGCGCUGAAGUCCAACCCAGAUCUGACUGAAGUGGAAAUAAAUCAGAUCUUCAUAAAUAAAAGUGGAGAAUCUGAUCUGAAGCCUCUGGUUGAGAUCCUGGAGAGUUCAGUCAGUAAAGUGAAGAUUCUGAGAUUGGACUGCAGUUUGUCAGAGACCAGCUGGACUUCUCUGUUCUCAGCUCUGAAGUCCAAACCGACCCAUCUGACAAAACUGGACCUGAGCGGAAUCAACCUGGAAGAUUCUGUAGUGAAGGAUCUCUGUGGUUUUCUACAGACUGAAGGCUGCAGACUGGAGACAUUGAGAUUGAACUGCAGGUUGUCAGAGACUAGCUGGACUUCUCUGUUCUCAACUCUGAAGUCCAAACCGACCCAUCUGACAGGACUGGACCUGAGUUGGACCAACCUGGAAGAUUCUGGACUGAAGAAUCUCUGUGGUUUUCUACAGACUGAAGGCUGCAGACUGGAGACAUUGAGAUUGAUGGACUGCAGGUUGUCAAAGAUCAGCUGUGAUUAUUUGGCUUCAGCUCUGAAGUCCAACAGCCUCCAUCUGAAAGAACUGGACCUGAGAUGGAACAACCUGAAGGAUUCAGAUGUUCAGCAGCUGAAGGAUCUUGUAGAUGAUCUAAAGUUCUGAUCUCUGUAAAGUAGAGAAUGAUCUCUGUGUCCUGCUGAUCCUCAGAGGUUGAAGCUGCAGCAGUUUGAGUCUAAAGAGACUCUGAUUGGAUCAUGAUGAUGACCUCUGACCUCCAAGAUUUUCCUCCUGUUUGUUUUCUCAUGUCUCUCAUUUAGUGUCUGAUAUUGUUUGUCUCUUUGGAUCAAUAAAGAUCCAAUUCAAACUGGGCUCCAUUUAGAGGCUUGAUGGAGUUUUGAUCUGAACUGGAUUCAACUGGAAAGUUGAUCUUUUUUCUCUCUGGUUCAUUUUCAUCCUGGAACCAGAAAUGGUCUGAGAAUGGAAACAUGGGAAUCAUUUCCAGUUCAGCUUUGAAGCCAUGAAAGACACUUCAACCCUCUUUUCUCUGCUUCUUCCUUCUGUUGACAUGAAAAUGUUCCUCAAAGCUCCUCAGAGAAAAAGAUGCUUUACUGGAAACUGGAGAGAAACUUCAGCUUCCAUCACAGAAACCAGUUGAACCAGUUUAGAACUGGAUGUCCCACAGAAACUCUGAUCUUAGAGCAGUUUUCAGGAACAUCUGGAACCUGGAAAAUUUCUUUUUAUAUAUUUUUAUGUUCAUUGUAAAAAGUAAAUCUUGAAGUUUUUCAUCAUCAUUGAUUCUCAGUUUGUUUUGGUUUUUACUUUUUUAACUCCAUAUUUCAUGUUUUGAGUUUUCUAGAGAACUUUAGGACUCGAUGUGUCACAUCAGGAUCUUUACUGUGAUUUUACUGAUUUAUUCAACACUCAGAGAAACACUGGGAUAAUGUGCUGAUUGGUUCAUGAUUGAUUUUCAUAAUUCUUCUAAUGUAAGGUGGGUUUCUGGAUGUUUAAUGACCAAAUAAAGUUUUUAAAAAAUC